AUGGGUCUUCUGGAAAAAGCUCAAAUUGCAGUACCGACUUAUCGUAUUGCAACGAACUUGAACGAAGUUUCACGAGCAGCCGAUGAAAUUGCUGCAUUAUCUAGUAGUUCAGAUCUUGUCGUGAAGGCACAGGUUCUGGCUGGCGGCCGUGGUAAAGGCGUCUGGGACAGUGGUCUGAAGGGUGGCGUGAAAAUUACGUACAGCAAGGAUGAGGCUCUGGACGUUGCCAAACGAAUGCUUGGCCACCGCAUUUACACCAAGCAGACGGGAGAAGCCGGUCAAGUCUGUUCUGCUGUGAACAUUGUGGAACGCAAAUAUCUCCACCGGGAAUUCUACUUUGCCAUUGCUCUUGACCGCGUGACCGCUGGUCCCAUGAUCAUUGCCAGCUCCCAGGGUGGCGUCAAUAUCGAGCAGGUUGCUGCGGAAACACCCGAUGCCAUUAUCAAGAUACCUAUUGACAUUGAAGAGGGGCUGUCUUUGGAUAAAGCCCUUAAACUUGCUGCAGAUAUGGGUUUCACUUCCGAAAAAAACCAACGAGAAGCUGCAGAUAUAUUUCUCAAGUUGUACAAGGUCUUCACUAGUACUGAUGCGACGCUAGUGGAGAUUAAUCCCCUUGCUGAGGACAAUGUUGGAAAAGUUCUGUGCAUGGAUUGCAAGAUGACCUUUGAUGACAACGCUGAGAAGAAGCAACCUGAGAUCUUUGCUCUCCGCGACUGGUCUCAAAUGGAUGAACGUGACGUACGUGCGGCUAAUGCCGAUCUCAACUACAUUGGCCUCGAUGGAAGCAUUGGUUGUCUUGUGAACGGCGCCGGCCUCGCCAUGGCGACCAUGGACAUCAUCAAACUCCACGGCGGUUCCCCAGCCAACUUCCUCGACGUAGGUGGUGCUGCUACGGCGUCCCAGGUCAAUGAAGCUUUUCGGCUCAUUACCUCGGAUCCCAAAGUGAACGCUAUCCUCGUAAACAUUUUUGGCGGGAUUAUGCGGUGUGAUGUUAUCGCCCAAGGCAUUGUUGCCGCCGCCUCGGAGCUUAACAUCAAGGUCCCAAUCGUCGUACGUCUACAAGGCACUCGUGUUGACGACGCAAAGGCAAUCAUCGAGAGCAGCAAUUUGAAGAUUCUUUCUUGUGACAACCUUGACGAGGCAGCUCACAUGGUUGUGAAGCUGGCCGACAUUGUCUCAUUGGCACGCCAAGCUGCCGUGGACGUCAAAUUCGAAUUGCCUGCGUGA